AUGUAUCCUAUCGCUAAGCACAUUAUAAUCACCGCCGCCAUCGCCAUCGCCAUGGCUAUCAUCCGCAACCCCUCGCCGAUUGCACUUUCCACGAGGGAAAAAGCGCAGUGCAUUUCCCUGGAGUUUGAGAACUGCAGCGACAAUCAGAAGACAGUCGUUCAGAACGCCUUCAACCAGGCUAUCUCGAUGGCAAGUAUAUCACGAAACAUCGAUUUCGACUCAGACCCAGCCGCGAAAGACUUCUUCGGCCCUAGCUCGCUAAACCAGAAGUACCAAGGCCAAAUCAACUCUAUCUUUGACCGUAUUGCGACCUUUCGGAUAGGCUGUACUCCGGGAGUGCGAGUCGGUGUGGAAUGUGUCGACUGUUCCAGAAAUAGCAGCGAAACAAUUGCCUAUGUUAGGAAUAUUCAGCUUCCCGGACCGUAUCACGACGGAAACCGUCUAUCAAAGACCUCUCCGAUAAUCAAGUUCUGCAAGAGGUUUUUCCGCGAUUACAAGAGUCCUGAGGCCAGAGUGAAGGAGAUAUUUGACUUUGGAAGAGAGGACUGGAAACCUGACCUCCGCAGCUAUACAAAUCAAGCCAGCCUUGUUCUACACGAGAUCAUGCAUGCCGACGCCCUCGUUUCCGCGCAAAAUGGAAAUCGCCGGAUUUAUGAUAUUGAAAUCAAGGUAGAGAACGGUUCUGGGGAGUAUUUGGGGGUAUAUGGAGCAGAAAAGUGUAAAACCCUUGCGCGAACUGUUCCCGAACGCCGGAAUGCGAAGAUAUCUCUUAUUAGAGACGGUAUUACCUCAAAUGCGGACACCUAUGCACAAUUCGCGCUCGCAAAGUACGUCCAGAAGAAGCUGAACGGCCAGUAA